GGGCAACCUGCUGCUUGAACGAAGUCGCGAUCGCGUUGGCAGAGUUGUUCGUUGAUGGUUAGGACAAAACGCUCCUAGAGUGAGCAGAAAAUAAUCUGGUGCAAGCGCACUCACCCUCACUUCACUUUGCAGUGAAUCCGAUUUUUGCUCUCCGGUCACGUGAUCAGGCGUCUCUUGAAGCGAAGAGUUCCUGUGGAAAGAAAGAAAGAGAGAAGGAAAGAAAUCCGGGCCAGAUGGCUUCUCGUUGAUAUUGAGUCCGUGGAGAAUUUGUAGUCAUUGGAACCUAUUCUGAGGCCAAGUGCCAUAUCUCAGCCACCAGAACUUGGUCAGGAGGUCAGGGCUGAGAAACCUGCAUUUGCAACCUGAGCAGCAAGAAGCACAUCACGAAAACACUUCUCUCCGCAGCCAUGUUCAUCCUUACCAAAAUCGCCGAUCUGGUCCAAAUCCACCCGCAAGACCUCGAAAAGAGCCAUGCCCAAGUAAUCGAAGACAACAUCAAUGCCAAAUACGCCAACAAGGUGAUCCAGAAAAUUGGGCUAUGCAUCUGUCUCUACGAUCUCUUGUAUGCCUCGGAUGGGCAGAUUGGGAAUGGCACGGGACUUGUCAACAUCAAUGUUGAAUUCAGACUCAUCGUCUUCCGGCCUUUCAAACAUGAAGUCUUAACCGGCCGUAUCAGCAGCUCCAACGACCUCGGAAUCCGCAUCCGAACCCAUUUUUUCGACGAGAUCUUCGUCCCUCGCGAGAUGCUUCCCGAAGGAUCCUAUUUUUCCCGCGAUGAUCAAAACUGGAUCUGGCGCACAGAAUCCGACGAUCUUCUAUACUACGAUAAUCAAGAGACGGUGCGGUUCCGCAUCGAGGAAGAGCACUGGUUUGAUCAGACGCCGAUUGGGCCCGCGGCGCGUGAGGAGUUGGGCACCGGUGCGGCCCCCGCGCUGAAGAGUCCGUAUACCCUCGUGGCGAGUAUGGAGGAUGCAGGCUUAGGUCCUUGUCUCUGGUGGGAUGGAGAGGAGGAGGAGGAGGGGCAGGAGAUGGUGGAGGAGUAGGGUGGUGUUUAUAUACAUAUAUAAUAUGUGUGUGUGUGUGUGUGUUGUUUAUAGCAAUCAAUAGUGGACUUCGGGGGCGGGGAAAAAGGAAAAGUUUGGGGGGAGGGCGAUUGGACAAAAAAAUAGAUAUCCACGCUGUUGGCUCGCAAGAGAAUCCUGAAUUUUGGGAAUGUAUGAAUGAAUUGAAUGAAAAUGAAAAAGUUGGUCUC